CUCGCUGGUCUCUAGUUGUCUCGGGUAAUGCAGGGGCUGUGCAGCUCUUGGGCUACAGCGCCUGGGGUUGGCUUGGCCGGCCACAACUAGCGCUCGCUCGCUGUUGCCUGCGUCGCCUGCUGGGGUCGAGCUGCUGCCGCGCCCUGCGCAGCAAGACGCACAUCGCGGUCCUCGAGAGCCAGCCGGCACUUGCAACUUCUGCCUGGCGAGCCCAACUUCUGCGCGGGAUUCGGACUUGGAGAUUCUGAGCGGCACACCGCGCGCAGUUGGGGCGGUGGCCCCGCUGGCUCAGCAUCACUGAGAUGACCUCCCCACUGUGGUUCUGGUGCUUCUGCCUCUGGGCGGCCGACCACUGGCCACCAGGAAGCGCCCUGCAGCUCCAGCCUGGCAUGCCAAAUGUUUGCAAAGAGGAGCAGCUGACGGUGAUAGGCCUGUCACGCCCAUGCACCCGAGCAUUUGUAGACUCCGUCAAGUUCUGGAAACAAGGCUGUACAGGCCCACGGGGGUGUGUGGCUUAUGAAAGAAGGACCCGCUACUACACUGUCUACAGGCAGGUGUAUACCACAGAACACCAGACUGUCUUCAGGUGCUGCCCUGGUUGGAGCCGAUGGGAUGAUGAACCAGGCUGUCUCUCCUCUGUGUCUUCUCUGGGAACCCAUUUCAGUGGAAGGCAGUGCUCAGAUGGUGGUGAUCAUCGGUGCCUCUGCUCACAAGGGUUUCAUGGACCCCACUGUCAAUAUGAUAUAAACGAAUGUGCUGUUGACAAUGGGGGCUGUCAAGAUCAGUGCUGCAAUACGAUUGGCAGUUAUUUCUGCAGAUGUCAAGCUGGCCAAAAGCUGGAGGAAGAUGGCAGAGGAUGUGAAGACAUCGAUGAAUGUGCGGUGGUGAAUGGGGGCUGCCAGCAGCGCUGUAUUAACACUCUGGGCACCUUCCACUGUGUGUGUGAUACAGGGUACAGACGCCAUGCUGAUGGACGCACCUGCAUAAAGAGAGACCCCUGUGCAGGUGGGAAUGGCUGUGCUCACCUAUGUCAAAGCGAAAAUGGCGUGGCCAGGUGUACCUGCCAUGCUGGGUACCAGCUGUCUGAAGACAAAAAGGCCUGCGAAGACAUAAAUGAGUGUGAUGAAGAACUUGCUCCCUGUGCUCAUCGCUGUGUGAAUUCAGAGGGGUCCUUCACUUGUGCCUGCCACCCUGGCUUCGAGCUAGGAGCUGAUGGAAAACAUUGUUACAGAAUUGAAUUAGAAAUUGUAAAUAUCUGUGAAAAGAACAAUGGUGGGUGUUCUCAUCACUGUGAACCUGCAAUUGGUGGACCCCAUUGUUCCUGUAACCAAGGACAUCAGCUCGACACAGAUGAGAAGACAUGUAUAGACUUUGAUGAAUGCGAGAGCGGAGAUGCCUGCUGUGCUCAGCUCUGCAUCAACUAUUCAGGAGGCUACAAGUGCAGCUGUCAGGAAGGCUUUCAGAUCAGUUUGGAUGGUUGUGGAUGUGAUGCUUUAGAUGAUGAACAGCUAGAGGAGGAAGAAGAGGUGCUAGACAUCCUGAGGUUUCCAGGCCAUCUGGUUCAAAACCCACCUCAGCCGUUCCCUUAUCUUGAUCCUUCUCUGAUUGCUUCAUAUGAAGAUGAAGACAAUAAUGAAGAAGACCAGGAAGCAGAAGAGUUCCAACAGUUGACAGCCUUGCACAGAGUGGUCUGUUUAGAUGGCACCUUUGGCCUGGACUGCAGCUUGAGCUGCGAGGACUGCAUGAAUGGGGGGAGGUGUCUCGAAGAUAGCGGGUGCCUCUGCCCAGAAGGCUGGACUGGCAUUCUUUGCAAUGAAAGCAACACCUUAAGAACUGGUGAGGACCGACAAGCUCCUUUGGGAUGCCUGAAAGGGUUCUUUGGAAAGAACUGCAAAAGAAAAUGUCACUGUGCCAACAAUGGCCAUUGCCACAGGAUAUAUGGAGCCUGUAUAUGUGACCUAGGGCACUAUGGAAGAUUCUGUCAUCUCAGCUGUCCCAGGGGGAUGUAUGGAGCUGGCUGUUCUGUGGAAUGUCAGUGUGUGGAGGAGAACACCCUGGAAUGCAGUGCCAAAAAUGGUAGUUGCACCUGCAAAUCUGGUUACCAAGGCAACAGAUGCCAGGAAGCCUGCCCUGAUGGCCUCUGGGGACCAGAAUGCCAGUUUUCCUGUGGACUCUGUGAAAAUGGAGGUCAUUGCAAUGGAAGCUCUGGAAACUGUGACUGUGCUCCUGGUUACACAGGAAAAUCCUGUGCCAUGUUCUGCCCACCAGGCACGUAUGGGAAAGACUGUAACCAGAGAUGUCAGUGUUCAGCAACUGAGGACUGUCAUCCAGUCACCGGAAGAUGUUCCUGUCUGCCUGGCUACCAUGGAAACCACUGUCAGCUCCGGUGCCCAAAAGACACUUAUGGUCCAAAUUGCCAAGAAACAUGUAAGUGCCUGAACGGAGGUCAGUGUGAGAGCGUGCAUGGCACCUGUACCUGUCCUCCUGGCUUCGUCGGGGCAGACUGCAGUCAAACUUGUCCUGGAGGUAAUUAUGGGCAGGAUUGUGCCCAAUGGUGUUCCUGCGGCUCAGGAAAGUGUGACCCAGUGACAGGAAGAUGUCAUUGUCCACCCGGCCUGAUGGGAUCAAGGUGUCAGCAAGGUUGUCCCCAGACAAGAUAUGGCACCAAUUGUGACCUAGAAUGUCUGUGUAAAAAUGGUGGACUCUGCAAUCCUGUGGAUGGGAGCUGCUCCUGUGGCCUUGGGUGGACCGGGGAUUACUGUGAGAAAGGCAAGCUGAUGGCUCCUUCUUACCCUCACAAUGUAUACACUUUAGAACUCAUCACUAUGGGUUGCUGAGUAGAGGCCUAUGAAGAAACUAUUUUCCAAUAACCUGUUUAUAAUUAGGAUCACAUUUCCAAUAAAAUUGUACAAAUAUUGAUCAUUAAUCAUUACCUAGUUUCUAGACUAUCACAGGAAAACUCUGAAACAUCUUAAGAAAUUGAAAUAGUAUUGGUGGUAACAAAUUACCCUGAGAACUCAAUUCCACUUUUUACCCUAAAACCCAAAGCCAUUGUAGACAUCAAAUUGGCUGGGCCUAGAGAUUUUAAACAGGGGCCUGAAGAAGACAACACUCACAGAGGACUUAACAAAUGGUUAGAAUACACUGGUCUUUGGGAGUGGAGUGGCUGUGUGUCCUGGGACAGGUGGUUCAUGUCUUUAAUCUCAACACUAUGGAGACUGAAGGGGAGCUGGGAUCCAUGUAUAGCCCUGGCUGCGUAGCAAAACAUGAAAUAUGAAAUGGCUAUCCCCAUUACUGUUCCACAUUCUAGGGGGUGUUUUGUUGUUAUUCUUAUUUAUUUGUUCUUUCAAAUGAAUGUUAUAAUCAUUUAUUUAGGGAAAACAUGUUUUUGUUGUUUCAUUGUAUUGUGUUUCCUCAGGAAGAAUCACAUUCUUAGGUUAACUCAUUGUAUUCAAGAACAAACAAUUCAUCCUUUGUUCCAUAUUUUAUUCCUUAUCAAUAAAGGUGCUGGCUCUAGCAUUCACAUUAAGAUAUUCAGGUUACGGAGCAAAUAAUUAAUUUUCUAAUCCAUUCAAUACCUUACUAUAUUUUAGUGAAUUUAUUACAAGGCCUUUCCUCAUCUCUGCAGUUUAUUAUAUGAGUUUUCUCUUUAGUCUGAUAGCAUAUGUGAUAUAAUAUUAAUGAAUUUCUAAUACUAAGUUGCCUUACAUUCCAAGAAUAAAUACUGUGUGACCAUGAUUAACUAUUUCAUAAAGUGCUAUUGGAUUCUAUAUACUUCUGUAUUCUAUGAUUUUGGCAUUGAUAUCCAAGAGGAAAAUGGAGCUGCUUUUAUAUGCAACCUUUUCCAGUUUUUAAAAUUGAUGUUCCAUACAUUCAGUAAAAAGUAUUUGGAAAUUUCCUUUCUCUUUCAGUGUUCUGGAAUACUAUACUCUAAGUCUAGAUGGUGCCCUGCCUAGUGAAAGUUUGCAGACUCCUCUGUGAAUCUGAAUAACUCUUUCUUUUUCUCCCUUUUACUCUUAUUCAAAUGUUAAGAACUGUUACUGUACUUAUCUUAUCUAGGUUUUCUGCCUCAAAUUAAGAUGGUUUGGCGUGUUCUUCUGGUAAUUACGGCCCAGGCUGCAAAUUCAAUUGCUCAUGUCAGAAUGGUGGGAUUUGCAGCAGGCAUUCUGGAGGCUGUGAGUGCCCCAGCGGGUACUACGGACAAAGCUGUGAGCAUGAAUGUCCUCCUGGAUUUCAUGGCUUUAAUUGUGUUCACACCUGUGACUGCCGAAAUGGAGCCAGUUGUGAUGUAGCAAAAGGACAGUGUGUUUGCCCAGCAGGUUUCCAUGGCAACCAUUGUGAACAAGAAUGUCCACCUGGAAUGUUUGGGGACAAUUGUCGUCAGCCGUGUGACUGUGAAGGAGAAAGUUCUUGCCAUCCAAUCACAGGAAAAUGUCUCUGCCCACCAGGAAGGACAGGAGCCAGAUGUGAAACAGAAUGUAAGGCAGGCCACUAUGGGCCCGACUGCCUGCUGCUCUGUGAAUGCUCCUGGGGAGCUCUCUGCAACCCUGUAAAUGGCAGCUGUGCUUGCCCCAGGAGGAGAAUGGGCCCAACCUGUAAGGAGAAUGGCUUGGCUCCUGGACAGCCAGAGACCCACAGUUCUUCUGAAGCCAGCACUCAGGGAAAACGAGGACAGAGCGGAUAGAGGUCAAGACCUGGCUGAUUCUGUGGAUGCCCCAUUUCCUGUAAUUCAGAAACAGAUUGAAGUAGCCUUACAAUCCAAAUUACUCAUCAUUUCCAACAGCUCCUAGUCAUUUGUACAUGGAAGAUGGGACCGUUUUGUUUUGGUUCUCAAGGAGUUUACAUAUGCAUUUUACUUUCAGAAUCCUGGCUAAUUCACAUUAGUAAAUAGUAACUUUGUCGACAGAAAAUGCUGUUCACUUUGUCCAAGAAUUUUCAGAAUAAAAACAAAGACUAUUGAAAUUAGAUGACUAGACUUUAUUUGUGUAAAAUGACUAGAGUAGCUUUUAAAAAUCAAAAUUGAUUUUGGAUAAAAUUGCUGGAAAAAAUUAUGAAAAAUACUUGCUGUUGCAAGUUCAGUGGAGUCAUUAGUUUGUACGUAGCCUUGACCUCAACAGUCUUGUUUUCCUUGUCGUUCUGGGAAGGAAAGCUCAGGGCUGCGCUGCUGAGCCGCUGCUUCCCCCUUCCUCGGCGCACCGAACACACACGUGACAUGCCAGCUGAAGGAAGGGGAGGCAAACGGGGUGUUUCUAGAUGAUAUAGAGGAUUUAAUGCGAUCUAGCUCUUAAGACGUUCUCUAUAAAUUUAUCUUGACUCUAAAAGGAACACAGUCAACUUAUUUUCUGUUUUCUCCAUACUAGCAACCAAAAUUCUACUUAGAUCAUCAGUUAAUGCUGUGACUAAUGGUUCAAAUUAAUUGAAAACGAUGCUCUAUUUUGAAUGCUUGCCUGUUUCCUUAUCAAUUGUUUUCAAGUCUCUCAAAAAUGUAACCCUCUAAUCCACGGAGCAAUCAACACAACAGGCAGCAGGAGGGCUUGGGGGAUGAUGAUUGAGCAUCAGCAUCAGGACCGGAGUGUGGGUGCUCAACACCCACUUAAAUAUGUCUCUGUAGUGCAAUGGAUAGCGCAUUGGACUUAAAUGUCAGAUGAGCAUGGUGGCUACACAUAGUUCCAGCACAAGGUGGAGAUGAGAAUCCCUGGAGAAAACUGGCUAGCUAGCCAAGACUUACCAGGGAGCUCUGGGUUCAACUGAGAGACUCUGCCUCAAAGAAUAAGAUGGAGAGUAAGCAAGGAAAAUUUCCAGUGUUAACCCAGGUCUCCACAUGCACACACACAAGUUUCUGUGCUCUUGUGGACACCCACACAUUCGCACACACAUUCACUCAC